AUGGCACGAAGAUAUUCACAGGAGGAGCUUUUACACCUGCGGGAGUCGCCUUUAGUGGUAAAACCAGAUGGCUUGCCUCCGAUAGAAGAAUGGGUGGGGUAUGUAUUCACUGCGUUCCUUACCCCUUCUCUUAUAUUAGCCUGGUUGAGCAAUGCUAAUGGUUAUUUGCCAACCCACAGACCGCUUGUGGAUGCAUCUACACAGAAGAAACAUACUGCCUCCAAAGAACAAACAAACCAGACCGAGUCUACUGCUUCAGCACAAGACAUCAUACUAGGACCUCCUAGAACAUCAUUUUCUUCUUCGACGAGAGGCUUUGGUAAAUUUAGUGAUCCCGAUAGGUAUAAUAGCUUGAAAUCUUCCGAUGGUGAUGGCACCAAAUCCGACCGUUUUCCACACCGUGAUAAAUUCCUGAAGGAUAAGGACUCGGUCGAUAGAGACAGAGACCUUGACAAGCGAGACUCCAAAUCUCAUAUUACAAAUGGCCGAAGCAGUGGACGUGAUGAUAAAGAUGAUUGGGGAACCCGGUCUAGACGCACCUUCGGCCAGGAAGAAACUGUUGACAGGAGAGUUAAACGAGAGGGAGACAGAUGGGAUAGCAGAGAAUUUAGAGAGCACCGUGAUCAACAGGAAGCUGGAAAUGAACGUGGCCAUCGUGGUGAGCAAGGCAAAUACCCUAAUCGGAGGGAUGUCCAGGGCAAAAGCCGUCACGAACAUCCCUCGUGGUUUCGUGAUGGUGAUUCCCAGGAGAAUGUUGAGCAGGAAGACGACAAAACUCCUAUACGAAAUCGGGAGUGGCGUCGUGGUGUGCAAGGCCAGGAUAGGGAUAGAGACAGGGACAGGGACUGGAACCGGUCUACAAAGCACGAACAAGACCCUGAAUGGAUGGAUUCAUCUAAUAAAUCAGACCACAAAGAAGCCCAUACCCAGGAAGACUUCCAAAGAUGGAAAGAGAGGAUGAAAUCGGGCGGUGCUCCGCCAUCGGAUGAAACGAAGAAGAAGGCUCCAGAGGCUAGCAGUAGCGUUGAGACGAAGCCAGCUGAAAUAAAGCGAACGGAGGGAGAGAUGUUUUCAAGUCUUGAACCAGCAUAUAAAGCUGAUGUUGGGUUUGAUGACUUUUUUGGGCCUUGGGGAGGCUCUAAGUCUACCCAAGAGCCAGGAUAUGGCAAUGUUGCUGCUGGAUCUGCCACAAAGGAGCCUCAAGCUGCAAAGCCAGCAAAGUCCUCCAGGUUUGCUGGGUUUUUUAAUUCUCCUACUGAAGCAACCCCUAAAGAAGCCGAGACUACAGUUUCUCAACCACGCCCAGUAUCGACUGAUGCCGAUCAAGAAGGCUUUCAGCGAAUCUUACAGCUCCUUGGUGGUAAUAAGUCUAGAAACUCUACACCUCAAGCUGAAGAAAUGAUGCGACCAAAGCCGACUCCACCCCAGCAAAUACAGCAAGAAUUUAGCCAUAUACCUGCUCCUACUGCGUCGCCACUUCAUGAUGUUAUCAAUCGACAGCCUUAUAUGGGCUAUUCCGAACCUCAUCGCGAGCAGACAGCCCAUGGGCUUGAGCAACUCAUUGCACAAAAGGCUCCCAAGGAAUCCCAGCCAUCUCCUUUUGAUUCCAAUCUUCUACUUCGUUUAAUGCAGCAAGCAAAAAUUGGUCAAUCCCACCAAGGCCAGAUACCAGCCCAAACACAACUACAAAACCCUGGUGCUCAAAAUAUGCCGGACAUGCAACCUAGGAACCAUGAGAUACCAAAACAGAAAAGCCCACUUUUCUUCGAUGACCCUGCCAUUGCAAAUAUGCAACGUCCAGAUCCAAAUGAUCCUCGAAGUCAACUUCGCCGUCGAGCCACGGGAGGUCCUCCUGGUUAUUAUGACGAAAUGCAAUUCCAGGGCCCUUCAAGUGGGAGUCACACUCCUGCUAACCCUCCUGGUCUUCGCACUACUCAGUCUGCUGUUCAACCAUCAAUGAACAUCCAACGCCCACCAGGCCUCGAACAGGUUACCUCUCCGGGAGGAUGGCCAAAUCCCCAGCAGCUGCAGCAAGGGCCAUCUGCUCAAUUUAUCGGACGUCCAGGAAUGCCUAACCCACCCCCGAAUCGUAAUAUCAACCAGAGUUACCCUCCUGUUCAGCAGAUGCCAAUGGCAGGGGGAAUACCUCCUCUUAACGAUAGGCAAGCCUUCCAGCGAGGUCCUGGAGCCGCUGGUCCCUCCAACUUUGGUCCUCCACCUGGUAUUGUCCCACCUCCAGGAUAUAUGGCUAUGAACCACCCCCCUCCUUCGGCCUUCCCCCCAAUGCCUCAUAAUCCUGAGGGUAUGAUGGGCCUUUCUCAUGGCCACCCUGCCCACUUCGGCGCAGGGCCGCAACCAGGUGUAGGAGGCCAUCAACCAUCAUCUCGACAGUUACUUGAAAUGUUCACGGGACAUGGUGGGGGUCCAGGAGACGGAGGCUAUUAUACGGGCUCUAACCUCCUUGGACUUUUCUUCUUCUUCCUCUCUUCUUUAGUUGGAUAUACUCAUAUUCAUCUAGCUGUAUAG